AUGAAAUACACUUAAUACAUAUUGAAAAAUCUAAUUCCAGAAUGGAUUAAAUUAUACUUAAACUUCAAAUAUCUAAAGACACAUUUAGCUGUGGUUACAAAGUUAAAGAAGUUGUUAAGAAAAGCCAAAAAAUUAAAACCAAAAGAUAUCUAUUAAUAACUGAAACAUGACGUAGCAUCGAAUUAAUAACUAUUUGAAAAGUUAGAGUAGGAUCGAAAUAAUUUUAUGCAAGUAUUUGAUGAAGAAAGUGAAUAAAUUUAUAGCUUUACGGAAUGGAAAUAUAGAGAAUUGUUAAUCUUUUUUGAGAAAUUAGACAAAUAAAUGAAAAUUAUGGAGUAAAUGGCAGAUUAUACUUAUGAAGAAUAGAUAAUAGUAACAUGGAAUAUGGGUUAGAAUAUAAAGUCAUAACAAAGUUAAGAAGCUGUUGAAGUAAGUGUUUAUCUGAAAUAAAAAGAAGAGCUUUUAUAAACAAGUUUUAAGUUUUAUAAUGAGUGUUAAUAGUUGUAAUCUUAUAUUUCUUUAAAUUCAGAAGGAAUUCGUAAGAUUUUGAAGAAGUAUAAGAAGCAAGAGCUAAAAGGUAUAAGGAAUAAGGAAAUUGAAAUUUAAUAUUUUGGGAAUGUAUAGUAAUUAUAAAAGAGACUAAAAAAAUACGAAACAAAAAUCAAUAUCCUGAAAUCAGAUACAGAAUCUCUUAUGAUAAAUCAUUUUUAUGCUGAUGAGUAUUUGCAUUUUAUGCUAAUGUAGUCCGAGUGAAUGUCGAGAACUUAUAAGAAAAUAUACAGAAAAAGGAUAAAUCAGUUUAAAAACAGUCUUUUAUUUUGGAUUCUUUGCAGGAGCGGCUGUUAUGAUAAUUCUCAUUAUAUUAGGAAUGAGAUAUGAUGGUCUUUUAGAUCCGAAUUCAGAUAAGGUCUUUAAUAAAGCUUUUCCAUGUUUUAGGGGUAUGGCUUUAUUCAUAAUUUAUUAUUGGUUUAUAACAUUGGAUUUGGCUGGAUGGAAUUAUUUCAAUAUUAAUUAUAAGGUCUAUUUAGGAUUUAAUCAUCAUUUCUCUACAGUCUAAGAACUAUUGCAAAGAGUUAGUAUUUUUACUGCUAUAUUCUUAAUUACUUUUUUAUGGUAUUGUAUUGCUGUAGAAGAUUCCCUAGGUGAUUUAUCUAGAGCUGUCUAAUUAUUUGAUAUAAGAUAUUUACCAAUAAUAUGUUGGAUUGUAACUAUUAUUUAUGUAUUUUAUCCUACAAAUAAAUAUUUUAAUCCUUAAGGUAGAAAAUGGAUGUAUAAGAUGUUUUAUGGAGCCUUAUGGGGUCAUUUUAUAAAAUAUGAAUCUAGAUAUACAUUCUUUACAGAUUAAUUUACAUCCAUGAUUACAUCAAUGAGAGAUUUUGAUUAUACUCUUUGUUAUUAUCAUCAUUUUGUAAAUUUUUAAUUAAUAAUAGAUAUUUUAUGGUAAAGAGCAUGAAGGUGAAUGCAAUUUCUAAAGAAGAUUUACUGCAGCACAAGCAAGCAUAAUUCCUUAUUUUUUAAAAUGCAUUUAAUAUUUAACUAGAGCUAGAGAUAAAGGAAAGUUUUUAUUUACAGAUGAAAUGUACAAUUUUAUUAAGACUUUUAUUGCUAUGUCAGUUGGAAUUCUAGCUUAUUUAACUAGAUUAGAUCUAGGUUGGAAAUAUUAUUGGAUAGCAGUAGCAUGUUUUUGUUCUUGUUUUGAAUACUAUUGGGAUUUAAAAAAAGAUUUUAUGUUUUUUGAAAAAGGAACUAAAUAUAAAUUCUUAAGAAGUGAUUUAGGAUAUAAUAGUCCAUACAUUUAUUAUACUUUGGGAAUUUUGAAUUUCUUUUUAAGAAUAGCAUGGGUAUUGACAAUAUCACCUGAUAUGUAUAGAAUAAUUGGAAUAAAGAAUGAAAUGUUUAUUUUAGGUUUUGGAUUUUUAGAAAUGAGUAGAAGAUUAGUUAACAAUUUUCUUAAAAUGGAAAAAGAACAUAUUAAUAAUUUAAGAUCUUUAAAAAGUAUUUCAGAUAUGAAAUUUCCAUUUAAAGAACCAAAGGAUAUGGAAUUGGAAGAAAUAAAAAGUGUUUAUGAUGUGGAAUCUAUAUCGACUCUUCCAAGAAUCAGUAUUUAAGAAAAGAAUUAUGAUAUAUAAGAAGAUUAGUAAUUGGAUUCUAAUGACAGAAAUAAUUUAAAAUUAUCAGAAAUAAAUCCAAAAAUUGUUAUUAAUUAAUGUGAUGAUUCAAAAGAAGAAAUUCAUAGUCCUAUAAAAAUGUUAUAAUCUCCAAAACAUUCAAUGCUAAGUAAAUAAAAUAAAAAGGUUUCUUUCUUAAAUUUAUAAUUUCCAUUAUAAGAGGAAACAUUAUAAUAAUAAUAAUAAUAAUCAAUAAUUUCUAAAAAGCAAAGUAUUUUGGUAGAUCGGUAAUUUUAGGAUAUAAAGAUUCCAAGAAAUAUUUCUUUUGAAAAUUAUUUGAAUUUUAAACAAAGUUUAAGGAGAAUAAAUUCAUUUAGGUUAACCUAAUUUUUGGAAUAGCCUAAAGAGACUUAAAUAAAUGUCCAUGAUUAUGUUGACAUUCAUCCAAAUAUGGAUUUAGUGGAGAAAGCAAAGAGAGAAGAGAUAUAAAUGUAAUCUAAAUAAAAGUAAUUGAAAAAUGAAAAUAAAUAAUAUUUAAAGGUAAAUAGUUAACAAAUAAAAAUAGAUGAUUGAAUAAUAUUAUGAAAAAUAUGAUAUAAAAUUGAAACAUGAGUGA